AUGAAAAUAGAUUCGACAGUGAAAAGCAAAAACAAAGCAGGUUCGAACCCCACAGCCAUCCGGAAAACCGUCGUGGAGCUACUGAGGACUAAGUACGCAAAUCACACCGUUCGAUACUCGGAUGGAUCACUCGCGUUAGGGAGAGUAGGGAUAGGUAUUUCGGGUCCCGACCUCAACACCUGUUACCGCCUCCCAGAUGCGUGUAAUAUUUUCUCAGCAGAGGCGGCUGCCGCAUAUAUCGCCGCGACACACCAAUCAAACCAUCCCAUAGCCGUGUUAACUGACUCAGCCAGCGUUGUCGCCGCACUGGAGUCGGAGAAGCCGAUGCAUCCUUGGAUACAACAAAUAUUCGAGGAUGCCCGUCCGGAUGCUGCUUUCGUUUGGAUCCCAGGCCACUCCGGUAUACCCGGGAACGAAAAGGCAGAUCAACUCGCUGGGUCUGGUCGACUGAUGGAGUUCUACACCAAAAGGGUCCCAGCAGAUGACAUCAAAGCAUGGACUACCAAAAUGCUCAAAGACAGGUGGGCUAAAGAAUGGUACACAACCGGACAAGAAAACUCACGUGAGUAUGUUCUGCGUAAAAUAAAGGCCGAUACCAAAAAAUGGGAAGACCCUAGAGGUCACCGAGAUCAACAGGUGGUCUCUAGAUUGCGAACGGGUCAUACAGCCUUCGCUUACAAUAUGGGUAGAGGGGAAUUUAAGAGGCAGUGUGACAUAUGCCGUGUCCACCAAACAGUGGAACACGUACUUAUCCACUGUCCCCAGUACGAAAAUCCGAGGACAACUUAUGACAUCCCUGGAAGCAUCAGGGGCGCCCUUGGAGACGAUGUCACGACAAUGACCAAAGUGAUCAUAUUCAUGAAGGACAUCGGACUGUAUAACAAAAUAUAA